GACUAUACAAGAUCUGUAAUGUAUGGUGACAAUUAAUGUCAUUAUCCUAGUUGCAUCCUUUGUGGUCAAGUGUUUGGUGGUUCAUCACAUGACAAACUCUAACCACAUUUUCUAAUGUUAUUCCUUGUAAAAUCCAUUGGGCCCUGUGCAGCUUUUGGUUUCCCCAAUAAAAUUUGACCUUAAACUUCUUUGUUUCCUCCACUCCCUUGAUGUCUCUUUCCUCCUUAUAAGAUAUUCUAGUUGCUACUACCCUGCUUUAGUGGAAAUCUUGUUGGAAGUUACACAAUUGUUAGAACCAAGCCCUUCUUCACUGAGACAAAAGCUUUGGAAUGGGGAAACUAGGGAGGAUGUUGGGCACAUUCUGUCUUUCUUCUGGUGCCAAAACCUGCUUCUGCAUGAAUUCCACUCAAUUUGAAGAUGAGUUGGAGAAAAAUCCCUUGAUUGGUAGUGGCACUGAUCAUACACUGAGAAUGAAGGAUGUUGUAGCUGGGAAACAGACAUUGGCUUUUCAAUUGAAACCCCAGAUAGUGAUGUUGAGGGUGUCCAUGCAUUGCCAUGGCUGUGCUAAACAAGUUGAGAAACAUAUCUCGAAGCUGGAAGGAGUGAGCUCAUACAAGGUGGAUCUUGAUUCCAAAAUGGUAGUUGUUAUGGGUGACAUUCUUCCCUUUGAAGUGUUGGAAAGUGUGUCUAAGGUGAAAAAUGCAGAGCUUUUGAAAUCUCAUGAUGAUAAGGAAUAAUUUUGGACCCAACAUUCAUCUUUAGCAGAGACAAAAGUUGAAGGAGCAGAAUGGAGGAACUCUUAGUCUCUUUCUGCCAUUGUUAUGUACAGUAUAUAAUAUUUAUAACCAUGCCAAGCUCCAGGAAUUGCAGUGUGACAAAGUUAAGUUAGAAAAGCUGAAGCUUAUUAAUGUCUCUGGCUUUGAGACUUUAUUUGUAUUAACACAUUUGUGAAGGUUCAGUUGUAAGACAUUAGCAUUAAUGAUUGAAAUCUUCACAUCUGUGUGACAGUGUGAGUGUGACCAAGUGGCACCGCUAGUGAAAAAUCAGUACACUUCAUUUAUGUUAAACUUGAAUUAGUAUCUUCCUCUUUUGAACA